AUGAAGGGUCAACAAAAACAAACUAUUUCUGGUAUCUUCUUGGAUCCAAUGAAGAAAAUCAUUUCACCAACCAACCUUACUGGAGUGGCUGAAUUUGUCCUUUUGGGUUUAACCAAUCACCCUGACCUGCAGGUGCUGUUGUUCAUUGUAUUUCUCUUGGUUUACACAGUCAUAAUGGUGGGCAAUAUGCUAAUUUUCUUUUUGAUUCUUGUUGACCCAUCUCUUCAGACACCAAUGUAUUUCUUUCUCAAGGUCCUCUCCUUCUUGGAUGUCUGCUAUUCUUCAGUCACCCUCCCCAAAAUGCUGGUGAAUUUCCUGUCUGAGGACAAGAGAAUUUCCUAUAUUGGCUGUGCUGGCCAAAUGUUCUUCCUGCUUUUCUUAGGGGCUUCAGAAUGCUUCCUCUUGGCAGCUAUGGCCUAUGACCGCUAUGUAGCCAUAUGCAAACCUCUGAUGUACAUGGCCAUCAUGAAUGAGAAAGUUUGCCUUUCAUUAACAGUCCUGUCAUGGUUCUUGGGCAAUUUGGUGUCUCUGGUUCAGACAGUUUGGGUUUUUACCUUGCCGUUCUGUGGAUCAAAAAUCAAUUACUUUUUCUGUGAUAUUCCACCCCUCAUUAAGCUUUCUUGCAUUGACACUUCUUCAUAUGAGACGCAGGCCUUUACAGCAACAUUCCUAGUCAUUUUUGUCCCCUUUUCCCUCAUCCUUGUGUCCUACAUUCUGAUCAUUUCCAACAUUCUGAAGAUGGCAACAGUGGAAGGCCGUCAGAAAGCCUUCUCCACUUGCUCUUCACACCUCCUGGUGGUGACUUUGUACUACGGGAGUGGCAGCCUUAUCUAUCUAAAGCCCAAAUCCAUUUAUUCACAGGACAGUAACAAAGUUUUGGCUUUGAUGUACACUACCAUAACACCCAUGUUGAACCCAAUGAUCUACAGCCUAAGGAACAAAGAGAUCAGUGAGGCAAUGAAGAGGAUGGUGAACAAGGCAAUGAACAAAAAAAUACUUUUCCAUGGGACAUAG